UGCACAUCAAUGCCACAUAUCAGUGCCCAUCUGAGCUGCCUUUCAGUGUCACUCAUCAGUACUACCUAUGAAUGCCAAUCAGUGCCACCUAUCAGUGCUGCCAAUCAGUGCCACCUAUCAGUGCCAGUCAGUGCCGCCUAUCAGUGUGCAUCAGUACCUCCUAUCAGUGCCAGUCAUCAGCCUAACACUGCCAUAUAUCAGUGCCAUAUAUCAGUGCUGCCUUUCAGUGCCCAUCAGUGAUGCCUGUCAAUGCCCAUCAGUG